GCCCAACCCAAAACUCAUUCUGCCUUAUUUAGGUUUCGAGUUUCGACCAACACAAACCUCUCUUCAACCACCGCCACUUCUUCGUUCUUUGCUUCCUUCGUCUGUUACCUCCUCAAACCAAACACAACACAGCUUGUAAAAAAUGGCGAAGUCAAUGAGAUCAAAGAGGGAGAAGAGGCUGAGGGCUAUUCGAAGAGAGAUGGUUGAGCCUUUCUAUGACAAGAAAGAAGCUGCUAAGCUUGCUGCUCAACAAGCUGCUCUUGCUGCACCUAAGCUUGUGGUUCCAACCCCAUCAGUAACUGCCAUGGAAGCUUCCACUUCCGCCAUCGACACCACCAUGGAAGUGGAGAUGGCUGACGGAAGUAAAAGUAUGGCUUCCUUAAAGCCUCUUGGUCGAAAAAUGAAAAAGAAAUUGAAAAUAGCUAAAACCAAGCGUCGUGGCAAGGGAAAGGGAAAGGUCGGGAGUAAGCGUCACAUAUAACUCCAAUAGAGAAUGGUGGUGGCAAGCUAGUUGAGUUCCGGUGCUUUUUGCUUUGCUUCAUGAAAGAUUGUACAAUUUUGAUAAAAACAAAUGAAGACCAUUCAAAUAUUUUCAGUAUGAGCUAAGACCUUUUAUUAACUAGAUCUUUAGAUAUUGAGGUACUACACUGUUUUAGUUUGAGAAAGUGGUUAAUGUUGUUCCUGAACAUUAAGAAUAGAAUAUUUACUUUCCGUACUAACCAUGUUCUUGAAUGUGGAAUAUGACUACUCUACGCUUCUUAUCA